AUCCAAUUGAAAGCGGACGAGUGCCAUGUUGCAACGAGUGCUACGUGGGCAGGUGGCGCGCCGAGCAGGCAGUGUCCGAUGGAUCAAUUACGGCCACGACAUGCAUAAGGAAAUGAUGACGGAUACCCAAAAGGUCGCCAUCACAGAGUACGACGACGGUGGGUUCGUUGUGAACGAAGUGAACCUGCGUGGAUCCAUUGCGGUCUUUCCUGAAAUUGCGAUGAUGUGGAGGCCUCAGACGAUGGAUGAGAUCACAAAAGAAAGUUUGGCGGUUUUCACUGUCGCCAAUCCUCCAGUCGAAAUCCUCGUGCUGGGUUGCGGCAAGCGCAUUCCCAAACUACUCAAGCCCGAACUUGCCGAGUACCUGAAAUUCAACGGAAUUGUUGUGGAGUACGUCGAUUCGUUCAAUGCUUGCGCAACCUUUAACAUCCUCAAUGCCGAAGACCGAAAGGUGGCUGCUGCGAUUCUUCCCGUCGACCCCACACUCAAAUCAGACUAACUGUUCAUCCUAUUCCAUGGCAUGAACUGUCGUUUGCAUGUCGAAACGCUGUUCACUCGGCAAAACUCCAUGUCACGAGCCACGCCACGUUGUUCCUUCGGGCACGAAGCCACCGCCUCAGUUAUGCAAAUACUUGAACCAACACCACAGGCAAUGGCACCUCAAUCCUGAAUUGACCACCAAAGUGGUUGUUAUGAACAGGAGCCCAACGUCAUACA